AUGGCUGUUCAAUCACUUCUACGAACUACCCUCAUAAGCCUCCCUCUUAUUCUGGCUGCUCCCAACCCUAGUUGUGCCCCAGGUGGAAACUUUGAUCUAAGUGUCUGGAGCCUGCAACUCCCCACAGGAAGCGAAGGUUCCGUCGACACCAUCAAGAGCCAAGAGCUACAAGGCUGCGAUGGCUUCACCGGCCCAACUUUCUUCAGUGAUAAUCCCACUGGUCAAAUUGUAUUGACCGCACCUGGGAACCCCGAACUCACAGGCUGUGCAACAACCUCAGGCUCUUCCCACUGCCGAACCGAGCUCAGGGAAGUCAACAAGGAUGGUCAAAACGCGGCCUGGCCACCGACAGGAACGAAUGUUUUGACGGUGACCAUGACGGUCGUGAAGUCUGACGAUGGAAGUCAUGGUACUGCAAUUGGUCAGGUGUUUGCUGCCGAGGCUAGCAAGCCUCUUGCGGAAAUGUAUUACAGCCGAGAGGGCGAGAUUGUUGUUGGUGUCAAGUCCAGUCCGGAUGGUGGGCAAAAGAUCACCAAGCUUGGGUCAGUUCCUAUUGGGACAGAGUUUACUUACGAAAUGUCGUAUUCGAAUGAUGUUUUGUCAAUAAGCAUUAAUGGAGAGAAGACCCAACUUGAUACGUUUGAGUGGCAGUCGCCGAAUUGCUACUUCAAGUCCGGUAAUUAUAACCAGGGAAAAUCUGCGGACGAAUCUGAAGUUCGCAUUGCAGCCAUCAGCAUCAAUCACUCUUGA